AUGGAUCCCCAAAAUCAACAUGGCAGUGGCAGUUCAUUAGUUGUGAUCCAGCAACCUUCUUUGGAUAACCGUCAGAGAGUAGAUUAUGAGAGAGAGAUACAGCCUGCUGCUAUCUUGUCCUUAGACCAGAUCAAGGCCAUCAGAGGUAGCAAUGAAUACACAGAAGGGCCUUCAGUGGUGAAAAGACCAGCUCCUCGAACAGCACCAAGACAAGAAAAGCAUGAAAGGACUCAUGAAAUUAUACCAAUUAAUGUGAAUAAUAACUAUGAGCAUAGACCGACCAGCCAUCUGGUACAUGCAGGACUCACAAAUAAUGCCAGGGGCCCCAUUUUGAGCAGAUCAACCAGCACUGGAAGUGCAGCCAGUUCUGGGAGCAACAGCAGUGCUUCUUCUGAGCAAGGACUGUUAGGAAGGUCACCACCAACCAGAGCAGGCCCUGGUCAUAGGUCCGAAAGGACAAUCCGGACCCAGCCCAAGCAACUGAUAGUGGAUGACUUGAAGGGUUCCUUGAAAGUGGACGUAACACAGCACAAGUUCAUUUGUGAACAAUGUGGGAAAUGCAAGUGUGGAGAAUGCACAGCUCCUAGAACUCUGCCAUCCUGUCUGGCCUGUAACCGGCAGUGCCUUUGCUCUGCUGAGAGCAUGGUGGAAUAUGGAACCUGCAUGUGCUUAGUCAAGGGCAUCUUUUACCACUGCUCCAAUGACGAUGAAGGGGAUUCUUAUUCGGAUAAUCCUUGCUCCUGCUCACAGUCCCACUGCUGCUCUAGGUACCUGUGUAUGGGAGCCAUGUCUCUAUUUUUACCGUGCUUACUCUGUUAUCCUCCUGCUAAGGGAUGCCUGAAGCUGUGCAGGGGGUGUUAUGACUGGAUCCAUCGUCCAGGGUGCAGAUGUAAGAACUCCAAUACUGUCUAUUGUAAGCUGGAGAGCUGUUCCUCCCGGGGUCAGGGUAAACCAUCAUGAUUUUUGGGAGGUGGGUUGAACCUCCAGAAAAUGUUUAGCUUUCAAAUUGUGGCUGUUAAAAAAAAAGAUUCUAUUAGAUACUGGUUUUACUUUCUUUAGAAUUUUUUCCUGUUUCCCAUCUUCUCCUCCCCUGUUCCCAAGGUUUGACUCAUGGAAUUUACUCUUCUCUCAUGGAUGAUCUUCAGUUAAAGUGGACUGUGAAAUUGCACCUGCCUCCCACUUUCUACAAGUUCUUCUGCCAACCACUUGAGAGGGUGUUGAGAGCUAGUGGGCUUUUGUGUAGCCUUUUUGUUCUGCAAGCAACUUUCCAAAGUUGUACACAUGAACACUCCCUGCCCCCCCCCCUCAGACUACAAUGAUUUAAAGUUUUGGGUUGGGUACUAUGGGUAGAGGAAAAUUGGUUUUUAAAGAAGUGACCUUUUAAUUGCUUAAAUAAGCUAUGUAUUAAAUCUGUCUCCAACUAAGGCCAUUUCAUAGCAUUGGACCCUUAAGUAGCAUGGGGGAUAUUUUCUGUUAUAAAUUUUUUUCUUUAAUCACUGCCCUUCUUGCCCCUCAUUGUUUUCUCCCUUUAGUUCUGGGCUUAUCUUUUUCUAGUGAUGCCAGUUUUUUUUGUUGUUGUUUUUUCCUUUCUGUAUAAUUUUAGAUUCACUUUACAAUGUAAGUCUUCACAUUGGAGAUAAUAUUGUUUGUAUUUUGCUCAUUCUUGUUCUAGCUUUCAUUAUCUGUGAAGGACUCAACUCCCUUCCACACCCUAAAUUCUCCCCCGAAUUUCUUUUGGCAUUGAGGGCACUUGGAUAACUGAAAUUGGUAUUUAUAGCUGAUGAGUCUAUAGAUGACACAGAACUAUGCUGCCUAAAGUGAUUUUUGACUCUGCAGUGGUCUUUUUUGGCACCCUUGAUUAGUUAGCAGCUGAGUAACUCUAAUCUUUUCUGUUUUCAUUGCCUUAGCCACAAAUUGUGGUACUUUUUGUAUAUUUUAUGUAUAAAUCACAAAGUUGAAUUCUGACUAUUUUUAAGACAAAAGUCUGUUAAACUUUUUUAUUGUAAAGAAUAUUUAUUAUGCGAAUCUCUAUUAUUUUAUGAUAUUUAUUGCAAAAGACUGUUGAAAUGUACCCAUGUCUGAGUAUAACAAAAUAUCAAUACUUAACGGAAAAUAAGGUGACACCGAGAAAAUACAUAUGUUAACUAUAAUGCAGAAAAUAUAUUAAUUAAUGAAA